GUGGACAUAUUAAAUACAUAAUUUUAUGUUUCUGUAUAAUUAUGUACAGUGUUAUAUGAUGAAACAAUUUUUUACCGGGUAAUAUUUUAGCAUGCAGAAUCUUAAUCCCACGAUUAUUAUUAUUAUUAUUCGCUAAUUAUAUCGAUUUUACAUUCGUAUAUAAUUUUGAUCAUUUUCAUACACAAAAACAUUGAGCUACAUAAAAGAGGAAAUUUUGUUGUCAGUUUGAAACAUGUCACAAACGCAAGAAAAAAGCUGAAAAAAUUGCGACUUUAAUAUGAAAGAGAUUGAACGUUUUUUUCACAAUUAUAUCACAGAUAAAAUUUCGUGUUUUCUAGUUAUCAAUUAAACAAAAUUGGCAUUUUGAAUUUGAUUGCUUAUAAUUCCUAUCGAAAAAAGAAUUGCAGCUCAGCUGUGAUAUUUUUGUACCUAUUUUUCAGUCAUUAUAGUUGAUUUUCCUGGUAGCAAAUCUUUAAGAUGUUCAAAAAAAUUUUUUCCGUUGAUUUUAUUUCAGGAAAUUAUAAUUUGGAAAAAUGGUCUGCUACUUCAGUUCGUCGAGCUGGUCUGUGUGCAGAUCAUUUUAGUGAAGAUUCCUUCAUCACAAAAGGUAAGAUACAAUUAAAACGCGGCUCAGUGCCCCUUCCUUUCAGGAAUAUUGCGAAUGUGAUGAAUGAAGAUGCAAAUUCGGAAAACAUGCCUAUGGAUGUAGAGGUGACCGAGAUAGGAAAUACAAAAGAAAAUGUAACGGAAACAACAAAGAAAUAUGAAAACGUUACGAGACCAACAAUAUUUGCAAAUGUUGAAGAAAUACAUGAAAAUAUUACAGAGCAGUCUCAAUAUAUAUGGCCACCAUUGCGAACCUACUGGGCACCACAACUAGAGUUUAAUAAGGUAUCACAAAAUGAAGAUGAAAUGGAAUGGAUGCAUAUCGAACCGCCAUUGAAAGAAAUAAUACCAGUGCAAAAAUGUCAAACGAAAACUAUACGAAAUAAAAAAGAACCCCAAAAAAAUGAAAAAAGUAAGACACAAAUAAUUGAUAAUUUAAAAAGAGAAAAUUUGCGUUUGCGUCAAACAAUAAAAAAGUUGAAAGUAUUUGUAAAAAAAUUUAAUCGACGAAUGCCUGUAAAACGCACAAAUAAGAAAAAUAAGAAAAAACUUCUACAAGAACUGAUAGAUGAGAAUAAAUUGCAUCCCGUUGCAAAAGCAAUGAUAAAUUUGCAAUUACAUACGCCACACGCGCCAUAUACAGAAGAAGAAAAAAAUAUAUCGAAGCAACUUUAUUAUUAUUCUGCUUCUGCACUGCGUAAUUUACGAAAAGCAGGUUGUAAUUUUCUUGGAGAACGCACUCUUCGAAGAUGGCAUGAAGAAUAUGAUAUGAUGCCAGGAUUUUGCGAUUUUAUAAUUUGUAAAUUGCAGGAGAAAUUUUCUAAGAUAUCUGCACAGGAAAGAGUAUGUGCUUUAAAGUGAGAUGAAAUGGCAAUAAAAUCAUAUGAAGAAUAUUCACUGAAAUUGGAUGAAAUAGAAGGACUUGUUGAUUUAGGGCCUUUAGGAAAAAAACAUGAGACUGCAAAACACGUUUUCGUAUUUUGCUUGGACAGUUUAAAUGCACGUAAUUUAUGACGUCAACCACUAGCAUAUUUUCUUGCUGGAACAGGUAUGAAAGCCGACGAAAUAAUAUCUUUAUUAAAAGAAUGUUUAAAUAGAUUGAUUGAAACGGGUGCUGAUGUGCAACUCGUAACAUGUGAUCAAGGCCCUAAUAAUCAGAGUGUUUAUGUAAAACUUAGCGUACAACCGGAUAAUCCAUUUUUUAUUCAUAAUGGAAAAAAAUAUUACGCAUCGUUUGAUUUUCCACAUUUAGUUAAAAGAUUGGCGAGUUUACUAAGAAAACACAAAUAUCUUUAUCGUGAUGGAAAACUAAUCGCAUCAUUUGACGAUUUUUAAUCAACAUGUCUGUUGACGACGCUACUAAAGGAGGUUCCGCACGUGCUGUUGGAUGAAAUCACUAAGCUAUCGAUGCUGCGCACCUUGGAGAGUGGACGAUACCUCAGCAUGGGGUUCCGAUCGUGAGACCUGUACGAGUAUCCACUGCUUCAGAGCACGACCAAGCACUCGUGGGCCGUUAAGACCGCGCCGCAACUUGAGAAGUCGCGAUACGUGAUCUUCACGUUGCAGACUGGACGAAAAAAUGUACCGAACGAAGACAUUACCGUAUUCAACGACUGCAAACUAAUCAACGUGAAACUGUAUCUGAACUCGGAAUGUUAUCCGUACGACGACAUGAAUUUAGAUUUCGACAGAGGUAGAUCCGCCAUCCUUUACGAGAUGUACUCGCGUUUCCGUAAUGCGUAUUAUAGAUGUGAUUACGACGAGACGGUCCUGACCACUAUCAAUUUCCUUAUUCGCGGACCUUUCGUGGUUAUCGAUUGUUCGCGACAGAACGAGUCAGUCAAGAGCGCAACCGUGGACGUGCGAUUGGAAUUUGAUUGCAAGGAGAACGUACCGGAUAAUACGACGGCCUACUGUCUCAUCAUACACGAUCGCGUGGUCGAAUACAGCUCGUUGACCAACGUUGUGCGCAGAAUCACCUAGGUGUGGGCAGCAUCGAGAACCUCGUUAUAAAAAAAGAAACAUCCUCGAUACAGCGAGAACGAUUAUAGUCGUCCUCUCGACGCGUUGAUACAACGAUGUCCGUACCGACGUUCGUGGAUCUGCAAGGUUUUAUCAUCGGCGGAAACUUCGUCGCAAAGGAGUUUGCCGUGCUGCGAAAUGGAUAUAUUCUCUCUCACUGUAUCUUUGGACCCUGCGUACCAUGGACGGUUUCACCAAGGCGGAGAGACGCCAUGCGUCCUGGCUGAUGACGAAUCAUCACGGACUACAAUAGGACGAUGGAACGGUUCCAUACAACAGGGCUAAGGAUCUGAUUACAGAGGCGGUGGCGGACGAGGCGUCAUAUACCGUCGUGUACGUCAAGGGACGCGAGAAACGCGAAUGGUUGCGGAAUCUGCUCCUGGAUGACGACCUGGACAUCUACAUCGAAACUAUCGAUACGCACUACGAAGAUAUACCAUCUUUGAAUAAGCUGGACGUUACGCAUACUUUGCGUUGUAACAAACAUGUAACCAAUUGUACUUUGCAAAAUGUAUUCAAACUGUUUAAUUGGUGGUCCUACCAUAUGAAAUAAAAUAUGUUUUUUUAUGAAA